AUGUCGAAUUCUAAAAGUUAUCUUUUAAGCCUCCCUAACGAGAUUACUGCCGAAAUUCUUGGAAAUACCAAACCGGAGGAUAUUUGCUCUAUCUCUUUGUCAAAUCAAAAAUUUUAUAAAUUUUUUCACGAUGACUAUGUCUGGAAAUUAAUGUGUAAAAAUCAAUAUCCUUCAGCCAUAAUUUUAGAAGCACAAAAGGAUCUGGAUGAGGAUAGAGUCUUGAAGCAGUUAUUCACAACAGUUCCAGAGCCUAAAACGGAUGCAUCCUUGAGUUCUUUAUGUACCGGACAGGAAGUGGAAUCGAGUACAGAUGUUCAUUCGGUAACAGAAAAAACGAACCCAAUUAUUUACAUUGCAAAAGAUAGAGGCGUUAGAUGGGUUAGUCUUAAUGGACCAUCUGUUCGUGGCCAAACACUUUGGGAAAUAAUAACUAGAAGAAGUGCAUAUGGAAAAGUUAUUAGACUUGAUCUUUAUGAUGUAAAUGUUUUCAAAGUAACGGCAACGCAUAAAUUCGUUCAGCCUGGAACGUAUGAUGUUAUCUGGAGAGUCAAACUCGAAAGAGAUUUUAGUUUAAAAAGUUUGAAUUUUAUGGUGCAAGUUACGGCUAGUGAUUACAGAGUAGUCGCCGAAACAGGGUUGUUCACAAUGCGUUAUGAUUCGAAGAUUGACAUUCAAUCAAAAGGAAACUGGGUCGAGUACUGCCCGCACGAAAUUGUCGUACCUGAAGAACGUACCGUUGAUGGAAAAUACUUUUGGUAUGCCGUAGUGUGUAACAUAUACGAUUAUUCAGGGAAUCCGGUAAACGGUUUGAUCGUCGAUUAUGUCAAAUUAAGAUAUCAUCAAGAUGGGAGAUGCGAGGUAUUUGAGGAGAACCAUGACUAA